AUGGACAUGGACAUCUCAACUGUCCUCCCAGUGCCUUUCUCACCAAACGCAUGGAAAGUCAGAAACGCACCUAUCGAGACGACUGACAUCGCAUCCGAGUGCAAGUCGCUCGAGAUACCACCUACAAGCGCGUUACCAGACGGGACGUCGAAAUACACCCUCCCCGCACUAAUAGAUAACGUCACCUCCCCCUCCUGCCCUUUCCUCCCGCGUGCUCUGCCCAGUUGCCAGUCGCGCCAUUCGCGCCUUCUUUGGAUACCACGUCGCCCAGUCUAUCACAGCGCAGUUGCUUGCACCGAAGCGGCGUUUGGGAAGAAGCUCGAGCUUAUCGAGCUUAGGGGCGAAGAACACUGGAAGAAAUUUGAAGGGGCGUCCGACCUUCUUGCAUCAUUAAUGCAGGCUGGAAGACGUGUCGUGCUCCCCGAACUCGACGCGUCUGACGGCCUUUCCGACCUUUCUCAACUCACCAGUCCUCCCUCUACUCCGCCACACUCCCCGCCACACGCCUCACCAGCGCCAUCCUUAUUCUCCUCAUCUUCCAAUUCGAGUUCCGACUCCCCUACGCCUUUUAGACGCGCAUAA